UAGCCGUCACUGUUUGUUUUCUUUAUACGAGUUCAUUCGCGUAAAAGCUAACUAGCAUAGAGAGCUAAUUCAGCUAACCUCACAACGCUCUCAGCGUUAUUAACAGAUUUACCUGCUGCUCAGGAACUUAAACUGUAACUAUCCGGGAAUAUAAGGUUAAUAACUCCUCAUCCACAAUCAACAUGAGUGAUGCUUGGCAGGAGUGUAUGGAUCACUGUGUGGAGGUCACCAAAAAGGCUGGCAAGAUGAUCCGCGAGGCGCUCCAGAAGGACAUCGCCGUCAUGCAGAAGAGCUCGCCAGUUGACCUGGUGACCGAGACGGACCAGAAAGUGGAACAGCUCAUUAUAUCCACCAUCAAGGAAAAGUACCCCACUCACAGCUUCAUAGGUGAGGAGUCAGUCGCAGCAGGUGCUCCCAGCAUGCUAACCGACAAUCCCACUUGGAUCAUCGACCCGAUUGAUGGUACCACCAACUUUGUUCACAGGUUCCCAUUCGUGUCUGUAUCAAUCGGCUUCACCGUGAAGAAAGAGAUAGAGUUUGGGAUUGUCUACAGCUGCAUCGAGGACAAAAUGUACACAGCACGGAAAGGGAAGGGUGCAUUCUGCAACGGAGAGCCCAUCAAAGUGUCUGGACAAGAAGAUAUUAGCCAGUCUCUGGUGCUGACAGAAAUGGGCUUCAAGAAGGAUCCUGAGCAGUUCAAAACAAUGCUGGCCAACAUCAGGACCAUCCUCACCAUACCUGUACAUGGUAUCCGCUCCCCGGGCAGUGCAGCUGUCAACAUGUGUCUGGUGGCGUGUGGAUCAGCUGAUGCUUACUACCACAUGGGCAUCCACUGCUGGGACAUGGCUGGAGGAGCAGCGAUUGUUACCGAAGCUGGAGGAGUUAUCAUGGACAUCUCAGGUGGACCGUUUGAUCUGAUGUCACGGAGGCUGAUCAUCGCCAGCAGCAAAGCCAUAGCAGAGCGCAUCGCCAAGGAGAUAACAGAGUUUCACGUCGGCAGGGACGACGCAGAUGGCCAGUAAAUUCUCUAUCAUCUCAUCACCAACUUUACAGUUAUUUAAUCACCGACUGUUUUGUAUUAACAAGUUACGAUUCCGUCUUUGCCUUAAGAACCAAACGAUAAAGUUACCUCUAAAGAACAAUCUGAAGUUUGUCAGCACUUGAGACUUUUAGCCCUCUCUCUGCUUUCUUUAUAAGUCACUGUUGUAUUUCUGCACUUAGUCAUUCACAGAUUUAGACUUUUUAUUCUGUUGUAACUUGGAAAGAAAUGAUGUGAUUGUGUUGACAGAAUUAUACCUGUGUGUCCAAAUUCACACUAGUUUUACUGUAUUGUUGUUUAACAAUUAGCCAGUUUUUAUUUGGAUUUUUGUUUCUAUUUAUUUGUGUGGACAGUGCAGUCAGAACAUGAUCACUGACAAAGUACCUCCUUACAGCACCAUUGGAAUAUUUUUAGGAGAAAUGUGUUCAGGUUUUGAUUAAUAAUAUUGUUAUUCCACAAAGGAUUUCAUCUUAGGGUAUUGUAUUUAUUAAAGAUGCAUUUGUUUACUUGGUAAGAAAGUUAGUUUCAGUGCCAUUACAUUACUAUUUCCUCUGAAUUUUCUGUCACAUAUAUCAUGUUACAAUUUUGCAUGUUCAUAGUAAACGUGGCCAAAGUUUCAAAUAAUUAGGUAAAUGUAUGUAAAAGUAAUCCCUGUGAGCAGAAACCUCAGGCUUCAACCUUUUCUGAAUAUUUGGUUUCCAGUGAUUUUUCUAGUUUGGCUACAAGAUAACGCCAGCUCAUGACUUUUUAUGGUCAUCUGCUUCAGGCUCGCUACUGCAAGUGUUUACAUUACAGACACUGCUACAAGUAGCUACAUGCUAACGUCAGGGAAACAUAUAAUCUUGGUUGCUGAUUUUGUUCGUUUUUCCCAGAUUUUAGAUCGUACUCCUGUUGGAACAUGUCCGGUUGCUAAUAUUUUGGUUUAAAAGCUUUUAUUGGUAAUUUUUAAUGGGAGAACGUGCUGCUAUUCAUAAUCAUUCCCAAACUACAAGUAAGCUGCUACAUGAAGCUACAUGCUAACAUCAGGGAAACAUGAAAUCUUGGUUGAUAUUGAUGUUAUUUUUUCACCCGUUUUGGAUCUUAAGCGGGAUUUAUAUUUGUGUGGCAGACCCUAUGCCAUAGCCUACGCACAUGGCCUACACUAGUCGGCGACUGAGAUUUCAUGUUAAGUGCUGUAAAGUUUAGUUGAUUGAAAACACACCCAAAACACAUUAAAUAAGGCUUAAUAGAGACAGUUUCAAACACAAGUACACAAUUUGGCUUCACAGUAACUCGCAGCAUUCACAGACAAAGCACUUGUCUUUAUCUGGACACAUUUCCUCCACCAAUACAACAUGUUAAUGUUAUUAACACAGGCCUAUGGCAUUUUACAUUAUAUAAAUUAGCCUAGCAGCUAGCAGACUUUCCCUCUUCUCAUAUGAAACCAGGGACAAUAGCAACAUUUAACAAAGGUAAAGUUACAAAAUUCGGCUCCAUUACAACUCACAAGGUUCACCGACAAAACAACUGUCUUAUACUAAACACUCGUUCCAAACAAAUAUAACAUGCUAACAUUAUUAGCACAAGCCUAAGGCAUUUUAUAUUGUAUAAAUUAGCCUAGCGCUGAGCAGAGAUUUUUUUCUGCCUGUAUGAACCCAGGAUAAAUCCCUAAGUAUACAUCACAUGCAAGACUUCAAAUUAUAUUUUUGUGGAGGCUCUAUUGUCUUCACAAUUGAUUGUUUCUUAAUUGUGAUAAAAGCUUCCUUUCUACUGAGGGAAAUGGUUUUAGCUUACAAAAAUAGACAGAAGGUCUGCGUCGCCACAAGAUGUAGUUACAUUUCUGAGGAGGUGCAUGUCAGGCUACGGCGUAGGCUCUGCGCCAACGUAGAGUCUAUGUUAUAGGUAUUGCGUCGAUUCAACACAUAAGUAUAUAUUCCGCCUUCUUCCUACUGGAACAUGUACGACAGCUUUUAUUGGUAAUUUUUCACUGUAGAAAAUGUGGCUUUAAUCUGUUGCAAUCAUUCCCUGGCUGCUGUUAUGAAAUAGAGAUGUUGAUAUACGGAACACCUGGAAAUGCUGACCUAUCAGAGCAGACUGGGCUUUUUUGGGAGGGGGAUUUAAAGAGAUGGGCCCCAAAAGGGACAUUUAAAACAGAGAGUGAAUGCAGGUGCUCCAGCACAGACAGUAUGGGAAACAAAAUCCUUUCUGACCAUUAAAGCCUGUAAACAUGUUCUAAUAGAAAUACAAGCAUGAGCCUGAAAAUGAGCAUAAUAGGUCCCCUUAAAUACAAGAAUAUGGACACCAAACAGUGUUUACGGAUACCUACUGUACUGUAUAACUGUGUCUUUAUCAAGUCUGAAAUAAAAUAAUGGAGUUCUUGAAAAUGUGCUUAAAUGUUUUUAAAUGGGUGGUCUGUAAGGAUGUAAUAACAAGGAAUAAAGAGCCCUAUAAAUAA